UGCACCGAUCUGUACUGCUUUGACUCAGACGUUGCGCUACCAUUGCGAUCGCCCAUGGUACCAUCCGGUUGACGCUGAACAUGGCGGAAUUUAAUUAUUAAUAUUUAAAACCGAAAAACGAGCGGUGCUCUUUGUUCGUGAAAAAUGAAUUGUGAAUAUUUUAGUGGAUACUGUGAAUAGAGUGUGGUUGUUAAUUGUGCAAGUUUUCCCAUAGCAUUUUUCUCGGAAUGUAGCGGUAAAGAAAAGACAUCAACAGUCGAGUAGCUCGUGAACUUUAAAGUGACCGAAAUUAAAAAAUACUAUGAGCAUGUUGAAGUUAAAUUUGAAUGUUUUAAUAGUCAAUUAGUGAAUUGCAUUCACCAUGAAUUGGAAAUCAUGGACUGGACUACUUUCUUUUGCAUAUCUAAUUGCGCAAGGAGUAUGUCAAUUGGCAGAAAACACACCACCGUACAUGUGGAUGGAAAGGAACUGGCAAAUUCCUGACAAUGAAAUCGUGGGAAGCCGUAUCGCUCUGGUUCAUGCCAAGGAUAAUGAAAACGAUCCACUGACGUUCGGACUAGAACCAAAAGUGAUGAACUAUGAAUCUGAUGAACCUCCUCCUCCCUUACCUUUCUGGAUCGAUCCGGUUUCUGGCGCAGUAUAUCUUAAUGAGUCUCUCAAAGAUAAGGGUGGAACAAAUAUAUUUCUCUACGUGACCCUCACGGACGGAUAUCAUCAUGUUAAAAACGAGGUCUACGUGAACAUCUUGAACUCAUCAGCGCCCACCAACAAUAAGCGACCGUUCAACGUUCCGCCGUUUCCAGGAGGUCCUGGAAGCUUCAAUCCAUUCGCAGGAUUUAACCAAAGGCCAGUCCUCCCGCCACCAAAUACUCCCCCAAGACCGCAUUCUAACCCUCCCACUACCAACUUGGACGUUUUGUAUAAUCCUUCGGCUAACAUUGCUAACAAUCCUGCCCAUCCUAUUGUACCUAAUAACAAACCGUAUUUUGUUCCAAAGAAACCGAAAAAUCAGACAUUGCAAGUGACGCCAUUGAGACCUGUUGGUAAGGAAACUAGCGCUGAGUCACCAAGUAAUAGUUUGGAGGAGAAGAACGGAUUUGAGGAAGAAAGGGAUAACAAACAAAAAACUGAGAAGGAUAUCGAAGUAAGUACAAAUGAAAAUGAAUUAUUGGCAACCGAUCAACACUUCAAGCAACCAGAACUUGCCAGCACCGUAGUCUCUAUUAUAUCGGUGUGUGCUGUAUUCUUCACCGUCGGAGUGAUUGCUCUCAUAUUUAGAAAAAAACUAUACUUCAAGAAAAAGAAACAUAAAUCAGAUGAAAUUAGAAAAGACCCCAAUGGAAUUACACUGAGAGAAGAAGGCAGUAUAAAUAUGCAUGAAUGGAGAGGACCAAGAGCGUUUAGUAAUCGGUAUGAACCCUGGAGGGGAGAAGGUGCCUCGGCACCCUCAGAGAUUAACAGUGGUGAGGAUGGACUUAAGAAACAUGACAGCUGGGAAUUUCCUAGACACAGGUUAAAGUUCUUUAACAUCCUUGGAGAGGGAGCGUUUGGUCAGGUGUGGAAAUGUGAGGCGAUGGAUUUAGAAGGAAAAGAUGCUGGUCCAACAAUAGUAGCUGUAAAAACCUUAAAAGAAAAUGCAAACGAAAAAGAAAAGAGCGACCUGGUAUCCGAGUUGGGCGUCAUGAAAAUGCUUGAACCGCAUCCUAACGUGGUUAAAUUGCUAGGUUGUUGCACGGAAAAAGCUCCGAUAUUCCUUAUAAUGGAGUAUAUAACCAAUGGGAAAUUACAAAGUUAUCUAAGGAACUCUAGAGCAGAGAGGUAUUAUAAUAACAUGCAUGGAAAGAGCAAAACUCUGACGUCAAGAGAUUUGACGUCGUUUUGCCAUCAAGUGGCUAAAGGCAUGGAAUUUUUAUCCGCAAAUGGAAUAAUCCAUCGAGAUUUGGCUGCUCGAAAUAUUCUCAUUACCGAAGACCAUAAUUGCAAAGUAGCAGAUUUCGGGUUCGCAAGGGACGUCAUUAGUUCGCAUGUUUACGAGAGGAAAAGCGAAGGUCGAUUACCUAUCAGAUGGAUGGCUCCAGAAUCGCUCUACGAUAACAUAUUUUCAGUAAAGUCGGAUGUGUGGAGUUUCGGCGUACUGAUUUGGGAAAUUGUUACUCUCGGUAGUACUCCGUAUCCUGGUUUAUCCGCAGCUGAAGUAAUGAGAAAGGUGCGAGACGGUUACAGAUUAGAUAAGCCUGAACAUUGCAGAAGAGAGAUCUACAACAUUAUGUUCUAUUGUUGGGAUAAAGAUCCGAGCCAAAGACCCACUUUUACUGAGCUGGUCACAUUAUUAGAAAAACUAAUUAUGACAGAGACUGACUAUAUUGAGCUAGAAAGGUUUCCUGACCAUUCUUACUAUAAUAUGAUGGGAUUGAGCGGUGAAAAACUGUGAUGGGUUGUUAUUAUUUAGGUGGUUGUACAUAUAGAUAACUUUUUUAAUUGCUAGUUUUAAUAGGAUCCAAAAAAAAUUUGUAGGUAAUAUCUGAAAUAUUCACAAUCUUGUUGAUAUUCAUCCAGUGAUUAUUUUAUUUUCAUUUUUAUAAGCAGUGACGGCCCAUGGUCUAUGUAGUAGAAAGGUCAAAAUAGAUAAAAGCGUAAUUAGAAAUUCGGCUAAAAAGUUUCUAUUAUAUUCAAACUAAUAUAGGACUUCUUAAUUUUAAUGCGAAAAUUCAACAUUCUUAAACUUUUCUUAAUUUCAGCUUUUGGUUAAUUUAAUUUUGUUUCAGAUUUUAUUUUAUUAUGUAAGUUCUUCUAAUUAAGUAAGUUGCAUUAAUUUUCUGUCUUUUGAAGUAUUUGAUGUCUUUCAGGCACCUGAAGCAAUUUUAAAUUUACUUUUUGACAUAUUGCAUGAAUUAAAAUUGUUAAUUUACAAGUUGUCCAGGGAUUCAGAUUUUUGUAAUACUUUUUUUCAAAUCUAGGCCUAAGAGAAAUUAUACAAAUAAUACAGUUUUAUAAAUUUUCAUGUCUUUUGGGGAUGAUCACUCUACUGACGUAAUGGAGGGGCCGCCACUGCGUAUAAGCCCUAUAAACCUUUAACACUGCCUAGAUUAUUUUGAAGAUACUAAACAAUAAAGACAAUAAUAAUUGUUGCUGUUCGCUCACUCCUAAUGGUUGUUAUAAUAAAGACGAAAUUACCAAAGCUGCUAUUUUCUUAUUUAAAAUUUAGUUUUACUGUUGAUUUUUUUAAGGGAAGAUAUUAGCUUGAUAUUAUUUGGUAAUAGUAAGAAUAACUCUAUUUAUCACAAGAGUAAUAUAAAUAUAGCAUAGGAAAAUAUAUUUUUUUAAUGUAUCAUAUAUACACAUUUAGCAGUGCAAUAAAAUGUAUAUACUUUAAUGUCAAUUGUAAGAAAUAUUAAUAAAUAAAUGUUAACUUAA